CGGUUGCUGACAGAGUUAAAGAGAAGAGUUCACGUCCAGCCCAGCUUGUUUCACUUUGCUGCUGCUCCCGGGCCAGCCCAAAUUUCAGCUGCAGUAACACGAUCCCACUUGGCAGAGCCCGAGAGAAUCUUUGGCACAUUGCAGAGAGCCUUAAUGGUUUUUUGAAACUCUGCUUGUGCACAGCUCUGGCGGGAGCUGCUCACAAAUGGGAGCUGAAGGAUCACAAAUGCAGGGCAUGUCCUGAGUGCCUGUCCCAAAAGAAGCCCGCAGAACCCCCAGGAGAAGGCGAUGGAUGGGGCCGAGCGGGUCCCUGCGGGCAGGAGGAGCCCCCCGAGGCGGGAGCAGGAGGGCAGCGGGGGCCGGAGGAGCUCGCUGGGGCUGCUGUGCCUGCUGCCCGCGCUGGCUCUGCUGGCAGCGCUGGAACGCCCGGCUGGAGCCCAGGAAGAUGUGCCAGGCCCAGCCGUGCCCAGCCCAGCCCCUGCCCAGCGCAGCCGGCGCUACACCCUCACCCCCGGGCACCUCAAGUGGGACCACUUCAACCUCACCUACAAGAUCCUGUCCUUCCCCAGGAACCUGCUGAGUGCCCGGGCCACCCGCCGGGGGCUGGCGGCCGCCUUCCGCAUGUGGAGCGAGGUGUCCCCGUUCAGCUUCAGGGAGGUGCCCCGGCACCUCCCCAGCGACCUCAAAAUCGGUUUCUACUCCAUCAACCACACGGACUGCCUGGAGUCCCUGACCCACCACUGCUUCGAUGGCACCACGGGGGAGCUGGCCCACGCCUUCUUCCCCCCCCACGGGGAAAUCCACUUCGAUGACCACGAGUACUGGAUCCUGGGCACCACCAGGUUCAGCUGGAAGAAAGGGGUGUGGCUGACUGACCUGGUGCACGUGGCUGCCCACGAGAUCGGACACGCGUUGGGCCUGAUGCACUCGCUGAACCCCAAGGCGCUCAUGCACAUCAAUGCCACCCUGACGGGCAAGAAGAGCAUUUCCCAGGACGAGGUGUGGGGGAUCCACAGGCUCUACGGCUGCAAGGACAGGUUAGUGAUGUGCCCAGCCUGGGCUCAGAAGGGUUUCUGUGAGCAGCGCAGGAAGCUGAUGAAGAAGCACUGCCCGUCCUCCUGCGACUUCUGCUACGAAUUCCCAUUUCCAACGGUGCCCCCCACUCUGCCCCCACCAAGGACCAAAACCAAGACAGUUUCUGAGGGCAGGAACGUCACCUUCCGCUGCGGGCAGAAAAUCAUCCACAAGAAAGGCAAAGUCCACUGGUAUAAAGAUAAGGAACUUCUGGAAUAUUCCUACCCAGGUUAUUUAUCCCUGAACGAAGAUCACAUGAGCAUCAUUGCAAAUGCCAUCAAUGAAGGAACUUACACUUGCAUAGUGAAGAAAAAAGAAAGAAUCCUGACCACUUAUUCCUGGAGGAUCAGACUGAAGCACUGAGCCAGCCCUGGCUUCAGCUCCUGCUCCUGUUUCCAGCUGGUUUUUGGCAUUUUAGAUUUCAUCUCCACUAGUGCAGGUGAAUUCUCCAGCAGCUGUUUGGUACCUCGGGCUAGAGACUCUGGGACUGGCUCCUGGAAUGUCAGACUCCUCCAGAUUCCUCUGAAUGAUCAAGAAUUUGUCAACUAUUUGCUGUACAGAGAAUUAAAAACCUUUUUUUUUUUUUUUCUUUUUGUA